AUAAUCCAAAUUAAAUUGAAGCAAGUCCCGAGGGAGGAGGGAUUCGAUUCGUCUGCGCAUGUGUGUACUGUGCCUGUUUGAAAGUAAUGUGAAGAGUGUCUACCGGAAGGGGAGUGCAUUUCGUUUCCGAUCGUGUGUGUUUUUAUGUUGUAGCGUUAGCAGCAGCAGUAAAAACGUGGGAUGGCGUUUUCAAACUCGCAGCAGAACGAGUGUGGUAGGAGCUCGGUGGCAUGCAAGUGGAGCCUGGCUGAAGCACAACAGAAAUUAAACAGCUUGGCACUUCACAACUCGGAGUCUAUAGAUCAGGAACAAGCGAUGGUCCAGGCUGAGUUGUUAGAAUUAAAACGCAGUGAGGAAGAGUGGAAAAGGAAAGAAGCAGCUCUAUCCCCGGGUGAGAACAGGGGAUUGUCCACUUCAGAUGGUCUUAAUCAAGAUGUAUUUAAUAAGAGUUUUAUUAAUCAGGUUAAGAAAACCAGAGAGGAUGAAGAUCAGUCAGCAUCUUUUAUACAGAAAUAUGAAGCAAAAAUGCAACAUUUUGGUAUGCUUAGUAGAUGGAAUGACAGCCAACGUUUUCUGUCUGAAUGUCCAGAUCUUGUCAGUGAAGAAACUGCAAAGUAUCUUCUCUUGUGGUGUUAUCAUUUAGAAAGUGAACAGAAGACAGCACUUAUGGAACAAGUGGCACAUCAAGCUGUAGUCAUGCAGUUUAUUAUAGAAAUGGCAAAAAGCUGUAAUGUGGAUCCCAGAGGUUGUUUCCGUUUGUUUUUCCAAAAAGCCAAAGAAGAAAAAGAAGGUUAUUUUGAAGCCUUUAAAAGUGAACUGGAAAUUCUCAAAUCAAAAGUCCGCCAGCAUACUGAAUCCCAAAGAUAUCAAGCUUUUCCUCCUGACCUUGGACAUAUGGGUGCACAGCAGUGCCAUCAACAGGAUGUUCUACAAGGUCACCUUAAUGCUGGUGUAUGCCAUUUGAACCCUAUGGAGCAUGCAGAAGAUGAGGAUUUCAAAAUGAUGGACACACUAUAACAAAAGAAGCACUUGAGCUAAAACUGCUACAUGAACUUAUGUGGCUGUGUUCUUAUAGGUGACUUUUACUAACUGAUUUUGCACUUGACUUUUUUUGUUGUUGGAGGGAAAUAAUUCCUCAGAGAUAUGUUCAUGGUGUUUUACUGCGUGAACAUUGCUGCUAUUUUCCACAAAAUACAGGGAAUUAAAAUGAAAUGCUUUUGCUGCACAAGUAUUUUUUCAUUCUAUUUGCAACUUUUUUUUUUUUUUUUGCAAAGCUUAUCAGCUGCAAUAAUAUCUGCCAAUAGCCAACUGUAAAACUAAAAUAUGAUCACUUAAAGGAUAGCUUCAGGUCCUGAGCUUUAAAGACUUGGCCUCACCAAGUGCUGGAACGGGACUCUUCUGAAAGGGGACCUGUCACUCAGACAUAAAAAGCUGUAUAUUAAAAGUCCUUUAUAAAUAAAACAUGAAAUCCAAAUUUUUUUUUUUAUUAAAACAUUAAUAGCUGUUGUAACUCGUUUAAAAAUCUCAGCUGUCAAUCAAAUACUGCCUGCCCCUCCACUAUACCUUAGGCAUGGAGGUGGGGCAGGCAAUUACUUUCACUUUACAUUCAGCACUUCCUAGAUGUCACUGCUCCACACAUUCCCCAGUUCUCUUCACCAUUUAAUUGUGUAACCAGGGCAUGGGGAUGGGGAUUAGGUCCCCCAUUCUGGUGCACAAACAAGAUUCUGAGAUGAUGAAGGCUUGCCAUAAUAACUGUGUCCACAAAAUGGUUGCUGCCUGCUUGUUAUAAUUAUGAAUUCCCAGACUGAAGGAAACAAGAUUCAAAUAAUUUAUACAGAGUAAUUAUAGUUCUUUUUGCUUGACUAACAUGAUAAAAUAGGAUUUGGAUUAAUUUUUUUGGUUAACAGGUCCCCUUUAAGCCUCAGUGUAGCUUUGGCGUAUAACACAGGGCUUCCAAUGCAACUCAUAACUUGCUGGUUAAUUUAUUUUGUGAAAUGACCAGUGGUUUUUAACCAGAUCCUACUUGGUAUCCUUUGGUAUUCCCUACACAAACUAGCCACUCAGAAAAGACUCCUUAGAAUAACAAAGUUGUUGGUGAGAAUAACAAGUAAUGCUAUGCCAAAAGUCAUGUUGAUGCUGGAUGAACAUUACAUGACUUAAAUGCAGCAAUGAAUCCCUGGACAGAAAUAAAGAUCUUAUCUACAGUAUCACAAUCUAACUGUUUGAGGUUUGAGGUUUUUUUUGGUCCAUUUGAGAACCCUUUCAUCAUCAUCAUCAUCCAGAAAAAGGUUUACUAGUUGUGCCCGAGAAUAGCAGGGUUGUGGGGAAAUGUCAGGACCACCAAUGCCAAAAAUUAUUUGUUGUGUACAGCCUUCAUGCAUGUCCUUUAGUCCUGGCUGGCCCUGGUGAUGAUUCUGUCAUGAUUUUUAUGAUGUAGUUUUUAUUUCUAAAUUACAAUGUUUACACUGCAAAUAAUUCUCUCUACCGUAUAAAAUUUUAUUCCUAACCCAA